AUGACUAUGAGAGAAGAAAUUUUUUACAAAACAAACACUAAACUAAAGUGUGUAUGUUAUUGGAUUGGAGCAAGAAAGGAUGCAAAAAUACCACACGUCAAUGUAACCAUUUUUUUUCUUUUUUAAUUUAAUUUUUUUUAUGUAUAUUAUAAAAUUUUAUCCUCAAUUAAAAAAUAAAUAAAUAAAUAAAAUUUAAUGGGCUUCAACUCAAAUUUCAAUUCAAAAACUCAUCCGAUAAUUAAAAGCACCCUCGGUAUCUUUAAAUUUUCAUUACUUAAAAAAUAUAUAAAUGGUGGAAAAGAUAAAAAGGAGGAAGACAAAUAUUUAAUGGGUUUGGGGUGAAGGAGAAGAAUAAGAAGACGAUCAAAAUUGAAAGCCCACUGCCCAUCAAAUUUAUCGUUCUGUUAAAACUCAUCACACAGAAAAUUAUUCAUUCUUGAAGCUACAUAUAUGUAUAUAUAUAUCCAUGUGCUUUGAUUGUUCUGUAAUUAGGAUCUCUCUAUCUGCAUUCAAAAUUUCACUGAAAUGAUCGAAGAUGCAGUAGCGAUGGGUUUUCGCAUUUUCUGGGUUUAAUCCACCCCUUUUUUUAGGGUUCAUUGCUUUGAUUUGCUGUUUAAUCUCAAUCUAGAUUCUCUCGACACAUCAAUUUCUGCUAAUCCCCUGUUCGAUCGAAUCUACCAUCCAUUUGUUUUAAUAAUCGAUUUUCUAUAGCAAUGCUCGUUUGAUUUUGAUUCGAUUUUGGAGUGUGGCUGUUGGAUUUCGACAAGGUUUCUUUGUAGAUUUGGGAUAUUUUUUAUUGCCUAUGAUGAUUGAGGUUGUGAUAGUUUGGAUUAUGAUUAGUUGAUUACUGUGUUGUCUCUGUUGUUGCAUUGCCUGUGUUGUCGAAUUUUCCGGCAUUCCGGCGACGCCUAAAUCGCCGGAAAGAUCGGUGCAGGGUAUAGACAAUGCAAUAGCUGUUGAUUUUUGAAGUAUUUCGAUCAUGGGCUUGCCUCAAGCUUGCCGGGGGAGAGAUCUCCGACAAGGCAAGGCCGUUGAUUGUAAGAGCUCCGGAGGAUUGUGUGGCGGAAUGUGAUUGGAUGAGUGGUUGCGGCAAUGUGGAUGAAUCGAGGAUCGAAUCAAUGGAAACGAUGAGAUUGAUUGUAAGAUCGCUGGAGGAUUGUGAUUGGAUGAGUAGUCGAGGCAAUGUGGAUAAGCCGAGGAUCGAAUCGAUUGAAACGAAUCGUAUUUUGUCGAGGAUUGUCGAGUUUGAGCCGAAGGGCAUCACUAAUGAUGGAAAUGUUAGAAGUUCGGGUUCGGUGGUAAGGAGACGGAUGUUGUCGAUGUUGCCGUCGCCUCUUAGCGACCAGCAUUGGCCUAAUGUGUUCGAUCGGAUCGGUUACGGCAUUGGUUCACAAGAGAGGAAAAAGGCGCAUUUAGACGACGUUUUUUACGAUGGCCCUUUUCUCGACCAUCGUAAUCGUCGCCAUCAAUGUCGGGAUAGCUCUCCGUCGUAUUCGCUGUCUCCUCUUGGACCGAGAACUUGUGUAGAUUGCAAAGUCUCGAGCUUUCUCUCGUCUCAUCGAGUGUUCGACGAUGUCGAGCAACGGAAGAAGACGAUGUGUUCAUCUCAAAAUAAUGAUCAAAGUCUUCGCGGAUUAUCCGUUCGGAGAUCGUUGAUUGGUUCUUUCGAAGAGUCAUUGUUGUCCGGCCGAUUCGCUUCUUCGAUGGUCGGCGGCAAGAAGAUCGAUGGUUUUCUCGCUGUCUUGAACUUCGUCGGAGGAGAAAAGUUUUUGCCCCGGGCGCAGAAGCUUGCGUUCGCUGUGACGAGUGUCGACGGGAGUAACUACUUGCUGUACUACUCGUCUAUCGAUCUUUCGACGCGCUUGUCGUCGAACGAACGUAAAUCCGAGAAACUGAGUGCUCGUGUAAGAAUACCGAUGAAAGCGUGGCUGCAAUUGGUCCUAAGCAAUCCGGAGAGAACUCCGGUGCACACGUUCUUUUGUAAUUACAAUUUGAGCGAUAUGCCGGCCGGCACUAAAACUUUUCUCCGGCAAAAGUCGACUCUUUGCGACGGCGUAUGUAGCCGGAGCCGUUCCCGUGGGCUUCGGUAUGCCCUGCAUCUUCGAUUUAUUUGUCCUCCGGACCACCACCGGAAAACGGGCGGAGGCAGCGGCGGUGAGCGGCGAUUCCAUUUGUAUAGUGACAUGAGGGUGGUGUUCCCUCAACGGCAUUGGGAUUCCGAUGAGGGCAAGCUGCAGGUCGAAUACGAUUAUCCCUCCAAUCCUACGUAUUUCGACAUCUCACAAUAAACAUACACGUGUGUAUGUAUAUAUGUAUCCCUAGUUAUUAUCACUAUCUUAUUGAUUAAAUU